AUGCACUAUAAUGCCUCCGAUCUGGCCACAGGGAAGACCCUGAUCAAAGUGUCCGAAGCUGAGAAGCGCCUGGGAGCUGCCGAGCGGGACUUCAUCCACACAGCCUCCAUCGGCUUCCUCACGCCCCUGCGCAACUUCCUGGAAGGGGACUGGAAGACCAUUGCGAAGGAGAGGCGGCUCCUUCAGAACCGGCGCCUGGACCUGGACGCCUGCAAGGCGCGGCUGAAGAAGGCCAAGGCUGCGGAGGCCAAAGCCACCACGGUGCCUGACUUUCAGGAGACUAGACCUCGUAAUUACAUUCUUUCGGCCAGCGCCUCUGCGCUUUGGAAUGACGAAGUAGACAAGGCUGAGCAGGAGCUCCGGGUGGCCCAGACCGAGUUUGACCGGCAGGCAGAAGUGACACGUCUCCUGCUGGAGGGGAUCAGCAGCACUCACGUGAACCACCUUCGUUGCCUCCACGAGUUUGUCAAGUCCCAGACGACCUACUACGCGCAGUGCUACCGCCACAUGCUGGACCUGCAGAAGCAGCUGGGCAGAUUUCCAGGCACCUUUGUGGGCACUACAGAGCCUGCCUCCCCACCCCUGAGCAGCACCUCGCCCACCACCGCCGCCGCCGCCACUAUGCCCACAGUGCCCCAGGUGGCCAGCCUGGCUCCUGCGGGAGAAGCCCCACUGUGCCUGGAAGAGGUGGCGCCCCCUGCCAGCGGGACCCGCAAGGCCAGGGUGCUCUACGACUACGAGGCCGCCGACAGCAGUGAGCUGGCCCUGCUGGCCGAUGAGCUCAUCACUGUCUACAGCCUGCCCGGCAUGGACCCCGACUGGCUCAUUGGUGAAAGAGGCAACAAGAAGGGCAAAGUUCCCGUCACCUACUUGGAACUGCUCAGCUAAGCAGGCCUGCCACCUAGCUGGUCUGUUGGUGACAGCUGCUCAGGGUGGAGAUGAACCCCAUCCUGCCCAUGCACCAUCAUCUGGCUGUGAGGGACCCACGGCUGAAUGCCCGCCCCCCCCCGCCAGCCCUGCUUCUGAUGUGGCUCUGAAGCCCCGGCCAUGGCUGCACCCCCUGCGCACCCCAGUCCUCCCCGCCUCCCCCAAAGGUGGGAGGAGCACUGCUCGGCACCGCAGUGGGCCCAAGACCUGCUGGAGGCACCCUUGGCAUGGAGAGAGCACCUGCCUUUUAGUUGCCAAAGGCCGAGGGGCAGCAAGCAGGCAGGGCGCGUCCCCGAGGGGCAGGGCUGGGCCGGGCCGGGCAGGGCCGCAUUGCAGCCAGGCUGAAGCAGCGCUGCUUGGUGCUGCCCGGCCCGCCAUGGAGCCCAGCCGAGGCGUGGCUGCUGCCUUCCACACUCACUUUUUAACUGGUAUUUUUACUUCCGCCUGUCUGCUUGCUCUCUAGCCAGUGGCGAAUAAAGCGUCCUUUGUGUGCAAGUC